CACGUUGUUUUGAGGGCGCAUGCGUAUCAAGGCAUUUCCGGCGGUCGGAACGUAACGUCAGCCUGCUGCUUCUUCCACGGGAAGUAUGUGUGUUUUAUAGAAGUAAAAGACGACGCCGUCGAGCUGCGCUUUAACCAUUUCUAAGGUAUGGCAACGCCAGGGGGUCAAGGCGUGCCCUAUGGAGGGGCUGUUCCCUAUGGCCGGCCGGGUGCACCCUCAGCUGGGGUUGCAGAAGGGGCAAGUCCCCAUGCAGUGCCUUAUGGGGACAGUGCCCACCACAUGGCCAAGGAAGCCCACCAACUUCGACCUCCAGCACCGGUGGUUAUGACCCAGCCGCCACCAACACAGUCAAAGCCUAAUGGGCCGACUGUGAAUGGCAGCUGGGCUCAUCUGGGUGGUGGGUACACCAAUGGACCUGCAUCAAAGGUUUCCUCGCACCAACAGCAAGUGCCUUCCUUGAGCCCUGCAGGUGUGGCUUCAAGCAGAGUAAACCAGGGUUACCAGCAGCCCGGCUCCAGUCCUCUAGUGACACCUACAACUUCUGGUGAGGUUUGCUUCUUUAUAUAGUCUUUUUUGUUGCUCACACGACUCGAUUGUGAAGCACAUUUCAGAACUAGAGCUUAAAGCACUGUACAGAAUUACUGGGAUGCACAAUUGUCUAGUCUGAGCCUCAUCACCAUUACCACUAUAAGCAGCUGAGUUUCUGCACAUUGUAUGUGGCUGUGCUAUCAGAGUAGACAUUAAUUGUUAC